AGCCGCUGUGAGUGUACGUGCAUAUGCGUACUGUAUUUGUUUGUGUGCGUCUCCGUGCCAGACGCUCAUCCACGCCGGGUCGUGGACAGUUUGAUGGUGUUUGGGUGCAUCACUGCGCUGGUAUCUGAGAAUGUGUCAGGACUUUUUUUCUUUUUUUUUUUUUCUCCCCCAAGUUAAUCCCUUAAGAAGAGGUGUGGUUCUCUCUCUCACUCGGCUCUCGCUCUCCCUCACUCUGAGCGCAGUACCAUCACUUGUUCUCUCGUUCCUCCCCUCCUCUCAUCUUUUCCUUGUGCUGUCGUUAUUGCUGUGGCCGCUAGUCUGAGGGACUCCUUCCUCUCAGCUUGUCAUCUCUGCAUCUUCUCUCAUCUGCUUUCGUUCCUGUGUGAGAUGAGUUCUUGGGGCGAGAUGGGGGAGGCCAUCGAACUCAGUACCAGGGAGCACGUGACCCCGGAGAUGAACAAGCUUCGUCAGAGCCUGAGGAGGAAGAAGCCCACCUAUGUGCCCGAGGCCAGCAGACCGCACCAGUGGCAGGCUGACGAGGAGGCUGUACGCAAGGGGAAAUGCAACUUCGCUGUUCGGUACCUGGGCUUGGUGGAGGUGGAGGAGUCGAGAGGGAUGCACGUAUGCGAGGAGGCAGUGAAGAAGCUAAAAGUUAGUGGCAAAAAGACAGUAAAAGCAGUGUUGUGGGUUUCAGCCGAUGGACUCAGGGUGGUGGAUGACAAAACUAAGGACCUCAUUGUGGACCAGACCAUAGAGAAGGUUUCCUUCUGCGCUCCUGAUCGUAACUAUGACAAGGCCUUCUCCUACAUCUGCAGAGACGGGACGACCAGACGGUGGAUGUGCCACUGCUUCAUGGCUCUGAAAGACUCGGGGGAGAGGCUGAGCCAUGCAGUCGGCUGUGCCUUCGCCGCCUGUCUGGAGAGGAAGCAGCGCCGGGAGAAGGAGUGCGGCGUGACGGCUUCCUUUGACGCCAGCCGCACUUCGUUCGUGCGUGAAGGCUCCUUCCGCGGAAACUCGUCCUGCAGCCAGCAGGGCAGCAGCAGCGAGCGAGAUGACAAGCUGCAGGAGAAGAAGAAAGAUCAGCCCUCAGUCAUCCCAGCCCUCCCACCUGGCACCGCCUCCCCACCCCAAGGUGCGGCGUCCCCCAUGGAUCGCCCAGAACCAGGCGGGCCCCACGCCAUCCCUCGCCGCCACGCGCCCAUCGAGCAGCUGGUUCGUCAGGGCUCAUUUCGGGGAUUUCCGGCGCUCAGCCAGAAGAACUCUCCCUUCAAGAGGCAGCUGUCACUCCGCCUCAACGACCUGCCGUCCACGCUGCAACGCAAGACCGACUUCCAGGCCGACAACCCCGACAUGGACAUGGGAAUGCCCUGCGAGGGAGACAAUAGCAUUAACGCCUUGUGCAGCCAGAUCAACACCUCCUUCGCUAAGCCAUCAGACGAGCUCUUCUCCAACCCCUCCAUGUCUGCCAACGGCCCUCCAGCCUGCACUGUGCCCCCUGUUCUGCCUCCACCACCUGCGCCGCUGCAGGCCACCUCCUCCUGGGUCCAAGCAGAACCUCCGCUGCACUCUCCUCCUCCCGUUUCCGUGGCGAUGCAGAUGCAGAUGCAGAGCGGCCACAAGCGCACGCCCUCCGAGGCCGAGAGAUGGCUGGAGGAGGUCUCCAAGGCCGUGAAGGCCCAGCAGACCCCUCCCCCAGGACCCACCAUCCCCACCAUCCCCGGACCGCCCCCCAUUUCCAGCCAUCAGAUGUCCACUCAGGCGGUCCUGCCGGCUGCCCCAGUGUCCACUGUCCCCAUGUCUCUUGGCACCAUGUCCAAGCCUCUCAUCUCGGGCCCAUCUGCUCUCCCAGGUCAGGCCCCGAUGCCCCUCCCACCCAUGUCCAUAUCAUCUGUCCCUCUAAUACCGGGCCCUCCGGUGUCAGGCCCCCCGAUGUCUCUUCCUUCCAUGUCCAUCCCCACCAUGUCGGGUCCAAGCAUGUCAGGGGCCCCCAUGUUGCAGCCCUCCCUCCCCGGACCCCCAGGCUCCCUUCCGAGCUCCAUGCAGCCGUUCCCCUUGGCCUUUGACACCACUCCAGCCCCUGUGGGAAUGUUUGCCAGCCAGCCGGUCCAACCUGCUUUCGUGCCCAUGCAGACCUACAUGCCAGGCCUGGCGAGCAGUAUGACCUAUCCCAACGCCAGCGUGCCCGUGGUGGGCAUCACACCGUCACAAAUGGUGGCCAAUGUUUUCUGCACUGCCACGGGCUCAUCAGGCGCUGGAGGUGCUAUGGGUUCAGCCAGUGGAGGAUCCAAAGUGGCAGCGCUCCAUUCCUAUCCAGGAACAUCUGGUGCAGCUGGACACAGUGGAGGCUUUUCUACACCUCCAUUUUCUUCCACUCCACCACUGUCAUCAGCCCUCAACGGCCUCCCGCCGCACAGCAGCGCCACAUCGGCCCUCCAGAACGGGACCUCGGGCGGUGGCGGGAACGGUGGCAGCGGUAGCAGCUGGCCUCCAGAGGGCAGCCAACUCACAGCUCCGGUGGUCAGCGACUCUCAAGACGAUGACCGCUUUGAGGCAAAGUGGGCAGCGCUGGAGUCAAAGCCAGCGCCUCAGCAGCCCGGGAACAAGGCGCCGGCUGCAGCAGCCAACCCUUUCUCCAACAAUCUGCAGAAGACUUUUGAAAUUGAGCUCUAAGCCAGACUUGGCCUCCCAAAGCUGUAGCACUAGUCCUGGAGUUGAAGCCCGAGGCCUAACUCCAGCAUGUUUGCUUCAAAUGGGAAGCCCCGUGCAGCCCAGCAAUUUGCUAAAAGCUCUCAUAGGAGUCAGUGCUACAAUGAUCUUAAUUGCUUUCUUUCCUCUCCCAUGCGAGACAGAGACAAACUUAGCAGUUUGCUGGGCUGCUGUCGGAGGAUCAGGUCUCUAGCUCUCUGGACUUGAUGGACUGAAUCCUUCCACUCCACCCGCUACCUGCCUCUCUUCCCUGCUUUCACUUCUCCACUCUGGCUUUACUUUACCUGCUGCAGGCCCCUGGAUGUACUGCAUGUGCCUCCUCUGAGAACGUUGUGGCGGGGGGACACAGUUCGGUGGUUUCUUUCUUUAAAAGGGGACUCCACUCAGAUGCAUUCCAAUCCCAUGAGCUAUUUUUGGCAGUUUUUGCUUGAUUUUGGGUGGAGACUUUUAGCAGAUGUGGUUACAUCACACAAGAUAUGCAGAGAAACAGAGAAGCAGUUUGUCGGCUGAUUGAUGCUGAUCUUAGCGAAGCACAGCAGAAGAUUGGACACCUGAAAGGACUGGCCAACGAUGUGAGACUCAACCCUACCCACCCAAAAGGACUUACUGACCAAUAGUAGAGAUUUAUGGCCAAAAUUAUUUUAUUUAUUGUAUUUUAUUUUUUAUUUUAACAAGUUAUGUGUACUUAAAAAUCAAAAAAAUUUAAAGCAGUGUUUGAGGAGCAUGUUGUUUUUUUUACCCCCUAUAUUUAUUUUUGUUGAAUCGUGCAGAGUAGGGACGCUACAGGUAGCAGGCGGUGAACAGGUGUGGUUGGGCAGUAGUACAGGGAACGCAUUGUGGGAAACCAUGUAACAGGAACCAAAUAGUCGGGGCUGACAGUACAGCUGUGUAGUGUGACAUGUCAGACAAGUGUAUAUAGCGGCAUGUUUCUUCCGCCCUCACAUAUAUAUGCUCCACUGCUGCAGGGGCCAGCCGAGUCCGCGUGGCUUCACUUCGGCCGUGUAGCCCGUUUUCUGUUGCUAGCGCCUGCCUUCGAGGCCACCGGGACAUGAAAAAUCACUUCAGGAUCUCCAGCACACAGACACUCUGGACACUACAGCACAGCAGUCCUCUGGACUCCAUCUUCACCAGACAAACCCAAGGAACUUGAACAACUCAGUGGAAAUGAAAAAAAAAAGAAAGAAAAACUUAACAACACUGUGCAACUGGUUAAAAAAAAAUAAUGCACUACAUUCCAACAUUCAUGAAUCCUUUUAUGUGUUCAAACACAGGGUAAAGUCUCAUCAGUGUGAUUGUGUGUUCACCUCGACUGUAGUGUUGCACUCAGAGCAGAUGAUGUGAGGUGAAAAGAGAAGAGGAACGUGAGCAGAUACAAACUCAGGCAUGGAGAAUGAAAAAAUAAACAAAAAACGAGAGAAGCAAAAUGUACCAGUAGAAGCGUAGAUUGCCAGCAGAGGAAGGACAAGCUGCAUGUGAGCGACUGGGGGAGAGAACGGGGCCGUACCUUUACAGAGCGAGACGGAGGAAGUCAGAAGGAAGGAACAUUAGAUAAGACGAGAUAAAAGCGGGAGGCAGAUUGUGCGGAAAUAUUGACAACAAAGACACAUUCAUGGCGAGCACAGUCUGCCGUCUUUAUUUCUCGAGGCCGAGCUGCUUUCAUUCGAGCGUCAUCUUCCUCAACUCUUAAAACCUCAGAAACACUCUCGAUCAUAUACGGAAAAAAAAAAAGCCGCUGAUUGUAUAAUUGCAAUCUCACAAGCAAGAUUUCUUUUUGUGCAACUCCUUCUAUAGUUAAAACUCCAAUGCUGUCAAAAAAAAAGAAGACGCACCAUCACAGAGUAGAAAUGUUCUCUAUCGAAGGGCUUUUCCACAGGUCGCUUCUGUCCGUUAUGAAACCUGCGAUCCAACCAGAGAUGCUCCUGUUAUGUUCCUCGGGAAUUGAAUUGUAUGGAUGUGGACUGCCACUGAUUAGAUUUCCUGCUCAUUAACUCCCCACAGUUUAAUUAGCUUAUUUGGUCUCUUCCUGUGGCAGCGACCCCGUCUGAUGGGAUGGACGUUCAGAGAGUCUAAAUUUAUGAGCCACUCGUCUGAUUUCUACCACCUCGGAUCGUCUUUUGUUUUCUACACUUCUUCCUCUCUGAACAAAAGCUCUUCCUACCUUCCUUUCUCUACAAAACUCGACCGAUUCACUCAUGAACUUUUGUUUCAUCCAAGAUAUAUUUUAGCCCCCGACUCUUGUUUGCACGCCCUCCAAAUUAUAAAUGUAGGUUAAUUGUGUUCCGCGUUAAAGCAAACUAAAUGACCUCAUAAACUUGAUUGUAAAACCAUAGUUUAGUGAUGGUAACAAAGCAAACCAGUGGAGUUUAUUUUUAAUCUUUAUUUACAGAAUUUUUGUAUUUAAACCAACAUAUUUGUAUUGUAAUUACAUUGUACAAAAGAUAAAUAAAGUAAUAUAAUAUUA